AUGGUGUAUAUAGUUGGAGAAGAUGUAUGCUAUUUCGGUGGUGAAGUCAAAUAUUUGGACUGGAUUGAUCCAGAUUGCUUGUCUUUGUUCGAGCUUGAUGGAUACCUUGUCGACUUCGACCAUUUUGAAAGUGUCCGAAUGCUGGAGGAAUAUAGGACGACUUGUGGCUGGUCAUACUACUGGAGACUACCAGGAGAACGCUUGAAGGAAGGGCUACGGGAACUGACAAGUGACAAAGACAUUGUGUACAUGGCUGCUAAGGUAAUUCAAGAUACCAAGUUUGUGGAGGUAUACCUAAUUAAUAAAGAGGAAUUUCAUAAGGCUGCACAAGAAGCAGAUAAAGAAGAAAAUGUCAGAGAAGGCGACAGAGUCAUUCUGCAUAGUCCAUUUGAACAAGAACAUGAUCUGGAGCAUGGUUUAGAUGAUUGUAACUUGGAAAACAAUGAUGGGGAGGCUGGUCGAGAAGGUAGCACAGAAAUUAUGCAUAGUACAGUUGAACAGCAGCAUGUCAUGGAGACUGGUUUAGAUGAUAGGGACCUGCAAGGCAAUGAUGAGGAGGCAGACAAAGAAGAUGACAGAGUAGAUAGUGAUAUCGAACUAGCUUCAGGUGAAAAUUUUGAAGUAGGCGAGGAUGAUUUGGAGGGGCAAGACAAUGAUGGGAAGGCUGGCAACCAUAAAAUUUUUAUAGAUGAUGCAUUCGAGGGCAGUUUUGAGGAUGAUCAGUAUGAUUCUGAUUACUUGGGCAGUGUCCAUUCAGAUGAUGAUGAAGAAGAACAGAGAGUUCCCACUCGGCCAAGAUACCCUGAGUUCAAUCCAGAGAAAGAUAUGAGUGAUCCUCAAUUUUGUUUACAUCAAGUAUUUCGAGAUUUCGACACAUUCAAGGAUGCAAUCAAGAAUUAUUCUAUCAACAGCAAGCAACCUCUCAAGUUUAAGCAUAGUGACAAGAGUAGAGUUCAAGUUGUAUGCCAACAAGGUUGUCCGUGGAAUAUAUGGGUAGGCCCAACAGAUGAUGGGAAAGCUGUUCAAAUAAGAACAUGUCGUUUGCAGCAUGAAGGUUGUGUUUUGGUGUUCAAGAACAGGUUUGGAGAUGUUAACUUCAUUGCUCGGAGGUACUUACAACGGUUUCAGGCUGAUAUGGAAUGGAAGACUGAAUCAAUCAUUCAAACCGUUGCAGAAGAUUAUAACUGGACUAUUUCAAGAUGGAAAGCAUGGAGAAUUAAGAGGACAGCAAAGGAACUUCUAAGGGGAAAUGCUAAAGAGCAGUAUCGCAAGUUACAAGACUAUUGUGCACAAGUUCGUAGGACAAGUCCUGGUUCUACCUGCUAUGUGGAAACCAGUGAAAACUCCAACAUAUUCAAAAGGAUGUAUUGUUGCUUGGAACCGUGUAAAAGGGGGAUUGCAUCUUGUAGGAAGAUUGUUAUGCUCGAUGGAUGCUUUUUGAAGACAGAAUAUGGAGGUCAAUUAUUGUCUGCUGUUGGACUAGAUGGGAAUGGUGGAAGUUUUCCUAUAUCAUAUGCUGCUGUUACAGUUGAGAAUGGCGAAAAUUGGACUUGGUUCUUAAAACAGUUAUGCGUUGACCUUAAUAUCUUUGAAGAUCUGGGAAGUUGGAUGUUCAUGUCAGAUAAGCAAAAAGUUUGUGUUACUUUCUUUGAGUUCGAUUACGCAAAAAAUAAAGUUUCUUUUCUAAAACCAGUAUGCAACUUACUUAUUAUCCUUGUUUUGUAUUUGGAUUUUUGGAUGCAGGGCCUCUUGAAUGCCUUGGAGAGUAUAGUUCCAUAUGCCGAGCAUCGAUGUUGUGUCAGACACCUCGUUGCAAAUCUCUACAGGGCACAAGGAAGCAAUAAAACUACCAGAGACUUGUUAUGGAAUGCUGCUAGAGCUAGUUAUGAUGCAGAAUUUAAGAGGUGCAUGAAUGAGCUUAAGAACUAUGAUGACAAAGCUCAACAGCUUGACUCAGCAUCUUAG